CAGGGCCACACGCGUACCCCCGCCACCUGCUUCCUGUCGCUCAUAACGGAGCAGCAGGCGCACCGGCAGCCCCCCUUUCUCUCUGCUGACUCAGUGCCUUAGCAGCAGUCCUGCCCAUCCCUGAGAACCAGCAGCAUCCUCCUCCUCCGCCGCCGCAGAAAUGGCCAAGACCGCAAUCGCUUACAAGGAAAAGAUGAAGGAGAUUUCCGUCUUCUCGCUCAUCUGCUCCUGUCUCUACCCCGAAGUCCGCAAGAACACCAUGGGCGACUUCGAAGAGCUGGACAUCAAGCCCAUCGACAAGCGCGCCUCGGGGCAGGCCUUCGAAGUUUUGCUCAAGCCCACGUCGCCCGUGUCGGACGCCGCCCACGCCGUCACCUCGCCCCCCAAGAGGGACAUCUCCCUGGAUGACAUCCAGAAGAAGCUGGAGGCCGCCGAGGACCGCAGGAGAUCUCAGGAGGCGCAGGUUCUGCGGGCGCUGGCGGAGAAGCGUGACCACGAGCGCGACGUUCUGCUCAAGGCCAUGGAGGAGAACAGCAACUUCAGCCGCAUGGCUGAGGAGAAGCUGCAGCUGAAGAUGGAGCAGAUCCAGGAGAAUCGGCAGGCUCACAUCGGCGCGCUCAUGGAGCGCCUGCACCAGAGGGAGGUGCACGCUCAGGAGGUGCGCAGGAACAAGGAGUUGAGAGAAGAGGUGAUGGCAUGAGGAGCUCCAACUCCAUUACCCUUGUUCCCUUCCCCAGGGUCCUAGUGUCCACCUCCCCAAUUUGGAAAACACCACCACACCUUUCCAGUCCUUCCUUCCUUUCCACAUGACAUCCCGACGGUGGCGCUCACACAUGGAAGGGUUUUCGAGGGUGUCAUUAAUCAUUGAAGUCAGCCACUCCGCCCCCCCACCCAAAAAAAACCCUGAUUGCCAGAAAGCGAAAACGGUGGUGUAAAUACUUUUUUUUCUUUCUUAUAUACGGUACAAAAAGUAUUGAUUGCAGCGUGGCUUUUUUGUGGCUUAGGUGUUUUUGUGCCGAGUUUGCGAGCCCCGCCCCUUUCCGUCCCGAUGAUUAGCAUUUCAUGCUAGGCUAACAUAGCAUAGCAUCCCGAUUUCUUCCUCGGUCACAACGCAUUUAGCAUAGCACACAGCUAGUUAGCAUUUAGCAAGGCAGCAGAAUUCAAAAUCCAGGAAUCCCGCCCCCUUCUUUGUACCCCCAUUUUUAGCAGGGAAGAGCCACGCCUGAGGUUGAACCCCAUUGGUUGGUGCCGUGUCAUGUGACUCUUUCCAUUCGUGUGUGUGCGUUUGAGUGACCCGCUUUCUCUCUCUGCAUUACUGUACAUCUUUGUCAAUCAAGCUGUGGUUAAUAAAGAUUCGGGGUUCAAUGAA